GUGAACGGAAAUAGGUUUGAAACCAGGAAGCUAAGGAGCAGCACACCAACAGAGGGGUGUUAAAAUGUAAACUGGAAUAAACAGUGGCUGUACAUUUCUAAGUUUUUGACAUGAAUGAGCUUUAAGAUAGUUUUGUCAUUUGGAGCUGACGGCUGGAGGAUUUAUUUGCAUUCAAUUAUUUUAUAAAGCCAACUGACAGCUGUGAUGGAGCUUUCUCAGAGAGACAGGCUGUCAGCGCUGGUGGAGGACCUGACCACAUCUGGAGAGCCUCAGCUCAACCAGGAAAAAAUGAAGGAAAUCAAGAAGAUCUGCAAGGUGUCUAAUGACUGCAUCGACCACGUGUAUCACUCUUUGAUGUCUCAGCUUAAUCAGGAGCAUGCUGAAAUCAGACUAUCCGCUUUCCAGAUCGCCAGUGAGCUUUUCUCCAGAUCACACCACUUCAGAACGCUGCUGGUCGACAAAUUCCAGGAGUUCUUGGAGUUGACCAUAGAGACGGACUCUGAGCAGCCCCUCCCCCCUCCUAAAGAGGUAGCCAAGAAGCUGAGGGCACUUGCCAUCCAGACUGUUCAAUCCUGGCAGGCAUCAUACGGGACUGCAUACAAAAAGUUAGCUCUGGGAUACCACUUCCUCAAACAGGUCAAAAAGGUGGACUUUCAGGACGCUGAGGCUCGAACUGUUGCAGAGAGGAGGAGGGAGGAAGAGAGGCAGAGAAAAAUGGCAAGGAUCUACAAGGAGAAGGUGGAGGCAGCAUCCAAAGACAUGGAGGAGUCACAGCAGGAAAUUGAGGCAACUUUGACAGAGAUGGAGUCAUGCAUGAGGUUGCUUUUCCCUGAGUUUGAACUCACAGACAUUCAGAUGGCCAACAGCAGCCCUUCAAACUCCCAACCAGCCAAUGAGUGUCCAUCAGGAGAUGAACAGCCAUGCUGCAGCAAAGACGUGAAAGAUGACAGGAAAGAAAGAGUGAUGAAGAAGACAGAGGAAGAGGAAAUCGGCCAGGAGAAAAAUAGAGAAGUAGGAGAGAUAAGCAGGAAGAAAGGAAAGAAGGAUGAGGAGCGGGAGGAUGAAAAGAGGAAGGACAGGAAAGAGCAGGAGGAGAAGAAGGAAGAGGAAGAGGAGAGUAGUGAAGGAGAAGAAGAAGAGGAGGAGGAUGAGGAGACUCCUGAUGAUGACAGUUUUAUUCGUAACUCAGGGCUCAUUUCACAUUCCUACAGUCUGGACCUGAACCUCAGCCCUGGGCUUCAUAUAAAGGAGACAGAGGAUAAUGAGGCAGUGGUUUCCACAGUUAUAGACCUCCAUAAACUGAUUAAAACCAAAUACCUACCAGCUGUGCAGGGCUGGGUCCAGGUGUUUACCAAAGCAGGGGCUGAGCAGCAGCUGUUAAGGCGAGCUCUGGAUCUGAAGAAUUCGUUAGAAGUUGUGCUGCAGAAACACAACGAGCUUCAAAUUGACUAUAAGACCAGAAACCGCAAAGUGAUGAGGGCUUCUGCAGACGGAGAGGAGGAGGAUGAUGAUGAUGAUGAUGAUUUUGAUGAGGUUCCAGAGAAAGAGGGAUAUGAGCCGCACAUUCCUGAGCAUCUACGAGCUGAAUACGGUUUGGAUCCUUCUCCUUCCACAUCCACAGCACCCAUCUCUAAAAAACCUCCACCUAAAAGACCCGCAGCUCCUCCUCCUCCACCCUUCUCCACUUCCUCCUCCAGGCGGCUGAAGCGUCUAAUAGAGGAGGAGCAGGAUCCAACGUGUGCAGCAGCCACACUGCGCCUACUCAGACAGAACCUCCCUCCUCCAACUGCAGAACCCAGCGGCUCUUCGGUUCCCAGUUCCUCCAAGUCAGGCUCAAACCAGAAGGCUGUCGAUGCUCCUGUGGUUCCCUUUGGUUUGGAUCUGUAUUACUGGGGCGAAGAGCAGCCAAACGCCGGCAAGAUUAUCAAGUCGGCCUCUCAGCAUCAGUUCUGGGUUCAUGCAGAGGUGAACGAGGAGACACAGAACGAGGAGCUGCUGGCAGAGAGCAAGAGCAGGUACAUCUCCUUUCCCGGGAGGUUUACUCCCGUCAGCCAUUACUGCAGAGCUCCGUUGGGCGACGGAAAGCUAUGUCAGCGGCAGGACAGACACAAGUGUCCCUUCCACGGCCCCAUCAUCCCUCGAGACCAGGAGGGGAGACCCUGCAGGGAGGAGGACCGGUUGAGGGAGGAGCAGGAGCAGAGGAAGAAGAGGGAAGAGCAGCAAGACUGGCGUGAUCCAGAGCUGAUGAGAGAUAUCGAGGCAGCGACGGGAGAAGACCUGGGCUCUAACAGAGUUGGUAAAAAAAGAAAAGGGAAGAAGAAGAAAUACCCGAACCUCAGUGAUCUGAAGCAGAACGCAAACACAGCUCGCUCAAGGCUGGAGAGGAAAGUCUUCAACAAGAGCACCAUGCGCCGUGUGGCUCAGGUAAUGAGUAAAGCUGACUCAAGAAAACAUGACAAGUUCUCCAACCAGUUUAACUAUGCAUUAAACUGACUCCAACCAGCUAAAUAAGCCUUCAAAUGAACUGAAACUACUUCAUUUACACCGUCUUGCACUGAAAAAAUGAACGAUUUUAAUUUAUUGAUGAGCAAAUGUAAGAAUCUGAUGAAGAGAUGAACACUAGCAAAAGUUUUAAAACAAUGUUUGAAUAUUAUGAUGCAGCCUUUUAAGAGGAAGUAUUUUGAGGAUGUAAGUCAGUAUACAAGUAUGAUCUGUUGACCAAAUGUGCCCUGUUUUGGUCACAUACAUUGGCCAAAACAUUCAGCUUAAUAUCGUCUAUGUAUCAGCCAAACUCAAUAUAACUGGAUUUUUACUCCUUUUUCAUUUUUUUCUAUAUUAAAAAUAGAAUUCUUUUUUAAUGUUUGUAUUUUUUUUGUUUUUGAGACAUAAUAUCCAUGUGCUGUGAAUGAUCAUUGUGUUCUUUAAAAUAAUUA